CUCGCACCAACCGAAUCUCCUCUCCCUCUCAUCCAGUCCAUCUCCCAUCACUGCUCCCUCACGGCCUCGUGGUCAGCCAAUUCUCGCCAUGAUGCUGUCCAGAGCUGUGAGACCGGCCCUUGUGGCUGGCAAUGCGGCCCUUGCAAAGACGGCUGUCCCUCAAGUCGCCGGCUAUGCUACGCUACGAGAAAUCGAGAGUCGUCUCAAGUCCAUCCGCAACAUUGAAAAGAUCACCAAAACCAUGAAAAUUGUGGCCUCCACCAAGCUCACCCGUGCGCAAAAGGCUAUGACCGAAUCCAGAUCCUAUGGGCAAACAUCAAACAAGGUCUUUGAAGAGGCGGAAACGAAACCAUUGGAGGAGAAGAAGACACUGUUGGUGGUUGCCAGCUCCGACAAGGGACUUUGCGGUGGUAUCCAUUCCGGACUGUCGCGCACCACCCGUCGAAUGCUCGAACAGGAUCCAAACCUCGACAUUGUCAUCAUCGGUGAAAAAUGCAAGGCGCAGAUCGGCCGUUCCAACCCCAGGAAUGUUUUGUUGAGCUUUGCUGGUCUCGGAAGAGACGUCCCUUCCUUUGCCGACGCCCAGGCCAUUGCCGACCAACUCGUCCUGCUUCCGGAGGAAUAUGCAAGCAUUAAGAUCCUCUACAACAAGUUCAUCAACGCCCAAAGCUAUGAACCUGUCACGGUGGAGGCAUAUUCCGAGGAGGCCAUCACACAAUCUCCCAACUUCGCCGCCUUUGAGAUUGACGACGAAGUUCUCGCCAACCUUCGAGAAUAUGCCUUGGCCAACUCUCUCUACUGGGCUCUUGCCGAAGGCCAUGCUUGUGAGCAAUCCGCCAGGAGAAACGCCAUGGAUAACGCGUCCAAGAACGCUGGAGAAAUGAUCGGCAAAUUUACCAUCUUGUACAACAGAACCCGACAAGCUGUCAUUACCGGAGAAUUGGUCGAAAUCAUCACUGGUGCCACUGCCUCAGAAGACAUGUAGGCUUCGUUUCAAAAAGAGAAAGUUGUACAUAACUGCCAAACCCCAAUUUUUACCGCUGUCAAAGAAGAAUCCAGCGGAUUUCAUGCCCAGUUUGUGUUGUCGAGCAGCUUCUUGUCAUUCGCGUGUUUUCUGCAAAGGUCUUCACUCUGCUCACCUUGUGGCAGUGUGGUGUGCCAACUCUGAC